CGAGCUCAGUUUAUUAACGGCGCCGCACCGAUAACCACGCUGAAGCCGCCCUCCUGUAGCAUCUCCCGGUUUCUCAAUCACACCCCAUUUCUCGGGAAAGAUGGUCGCGGUGGAAACAUCCCCCAACUCGUCUCCUUCGGCGGAAUGGGUCGGCUGUCUGGAUAAAAGGCCUGCAGAGCGUUCCGGAGAGGAUGUGGAUAUUAUUCUGACCAGACUAAAAGGGGUUAAAGCCUUCCAGAGGUUCCACCCCUCCUUGCUGCUGCAGAUCUGCUCCUGUGCCUUCUACGAAUACCUGGAGAAAGGCAUCACCUUGUUCCGCCAGGGUGACAUCGGGACCAGCUGGUAUGCUGUUCUGUCUGGCUCUCUGGACGUCAAGGUGUCGGAAACAGCCAACCACCAGGAUGCUGUCACUAUCUGCACGCUGGGAAUCGGCACGGCGUUUGGAGAGUCGAUUCUGGAUAAUACUCCUCGCCACGCCACCAUCGUCAGCAGAGAGACCAGCGAACUGCUCCGCAUYGAACAGAGAGAGUUCAAGAGUCUAUGGGAGAAGUACCGUCAGUGUAUGGCUGGACUUCUGGCCCCUCCAUAUGGAGCCAUGGAGAGUGGAUCCAACAAUGAUCGGCUGGCAGACAAAGACAGUCUAGGUUCCAAUACUCUCAGCCUCAUGAACAAGUCUCUCAACAAGGUUCAGUCAGAGAAGCUGCAGCGAGGGGGGAAGGUGAUGCGAAACGCCAUCCUCUCCAGAGCACCCCACAUGAUCAGAGACCGGAAGUACCACCUCAAGACAUACAGGCAGUGUUGCGUAGGUACAGAGCUGGUAGACUGGCUGGUGCAACAGAGUACCUGUGUACACACUCGCUCUCAUGCUGUAGGGAUGUGGCAGGCUCUGCUGGAGGAGGGAGUACUGAACCACGUGGACCAAGAGCUGGGUUUCCAGGACAAGUACCUGUUUUACCGUUUCCUUGACGACGAGGAGGAGGACACCCCGUUGCCUAGCGAGGAGGAGAAGAGAGAGAGUGAGGAAGAGCUUCCUGAGACCAUCCUCUUCCUUGCCCAGAUAGGACCUGACGCCCUGCUGCGCAUGAUCCUCCGCAAACCUCCUGGUCAGAGGACAGGUGAUGAUUUGGAGAUCAUCUAUGAUGAGACUUGCUUCACAUCAGUCUUAUCCCACCUCUCCAACACUGUGAAGAGGGAGCUGGCCAGUGUUCUGAUAUUUGAGUCCCACGCCAAAGCAGGAACCGUGUUGUUUAACCAGGGUGAGGAGGGCACAUCCUGGUACAUCAUCCAAAAGGGCUCUGUCAAUGUGGUCAUCUACGGCAAGGGUGUGGUGUGUACCCUGCACGAGGGAGAUGACUUUGGGAAGCUGGCGCUGGUGACGGACUCUGCUCGAGCUGCCUCCAUCGUCCUCAGAGAAGACAACUGCCACUUCCUCCGAGUGGACAAGGAAGACUUCAACAGGAUACUCAGGGACGUGGAGGCGAAUACAGUGCGCCUGAAGGAGCAUGAGCAGGCUGUGCUGGUCCUGGAGAAGAGUCCCAGAGCCUCUACUCUGGGAAACAUCAAGUACACUGUGAUGUCUGGAACCCCUGAGAAGAUCCUAGACCACUUCCUGGAGACCAUGAGGAUGGACACACACCACGCUGACCCAGAUCCUGCGGUAGAUGACUUUGUYCUCAUGCACUGUGUCUUCAUGCCUAACAGCCAGUUCUGCCAACUGCUCAUGGCACACUACCAUGCGGUGGCUCCCCCGGGUUCGGAGCAGGAGAGGUUGGAGUACGCUGUUACCUCUAAAAGACGAGUCCUCAAUCUGGCCCUCCGCUGGGCUGCAGUACACACACACCAUCUACAGGAGGAGCAAGCAGCACUCACAUUCCUGGAGGAGCUGUAUGGGAGUGUGUCCAAUGACUCACGGAUCCUCAGAGCUCUGAAAGACUUUGUACCCGACUUGGAGAAGGUCGUCAAACUACAUUCAGAAGAGGCCAAAUUGAAAAAGCAGAAGGUCCUUCUUAGAGAGUUCAGCAACGGAGACGAGAGACUAGCGAAGAAACAACCCAUCAGGAACUGUGACGAAAUCCUAUUGAAGGUGUACUGCAGUGACCAUACCUAUACCACCAUCCGGGUUGCCGUGGCAGCCACAGGGAGAGAGGUGACCAGUGCUGUGGCUGACAAACUGGCCUCAAACGAUGACCUGCUAUUGGUCCACCUCAGCUCCGCAGGCGAGAAGCAGAUGCUGAGGCCCAAUGAUGUGUCCGUAUUCUCCACUCUGAGCACCAACGGGCGUAUGUUCGCCUGUCCCAGGGACCAGCUGAAUGCUCUGACCCCUCUCCCAGACCAGGAGGGGCCCUCAGCGGGGUCCAUGUCCAGUUUUGAGCUGAUGAGUUCUAAAGACCUGGCCUACCAGAUGACCCUGUACGACUGGGAACUCUUCAGCUGCGUGCACGAGCAUGAGCUGUUGUACCACACCUUUGGCCGUCAGAGCUUCAGGAGAACCACCGCCAACCUGGACCUCUUCUUACGCAGGUUCAACCAGGUGCAGCUGUGGGUUGUGACCGAGGUGUGUCUGUGUGGUCAGCUCAGCAAACGGGUUCAGCUGCUCAAGAAGUUCAUCAAGAUCGCUGCUCACUGCCGGGAGUUUAAGAAUCUGAACUCGUUCUUUGCCAUCAUCAUGGGUAUGAGCAACCCUGCAGUCAGCCGACUCGCCCAGACCUGGGAGAAACUCCCCAGCAAGUUCAAGAAGUUCUACGCUGAAUUUGAAAGCAUGAUGGACCCAUCCAGGAACCACCGGGCCUACCGGCUGACCGUCACCAAAAUCGAGCCGCCAAUCAUCCCCUUCAUGCCCCUCCUCCUCAAAGACAUGACUUUCAGUCACGAGGGCAACAAGACAUUCAUAGACAACAUGGUCAACUUUGAGAAGAUGCGGAUGAUUGCAAACACCAUCCGGGCAGUGAGACACUGCAGGAGUCAGCCGUUCAACCCUGAGGUGUGUCAGCCCAAUAAGAACCAUGCGGAGGUGAGGGGUUACGUCAGAAAGCUGUGUGUGAUUGACAACCAGCGGACCCUGACAACGCUCUCCUAUAGGCUAGAGCCCCGCAGGACCUGAGCCCGCCCACCAUCACGGUAGUUACAUGUGUGACAUCAUACAGAACCCUCAAGCCUCUGCGAGAGAUCACAGGUAACCUUCAUCACUGUGACAUGACAUGGCUUCAUCGGGCCUCUAUGACUUCAUCUGGAAAACUCAGACCUCUGACAUCACAUGGAAUUCUUAGCCCUCUAUGACAUCACACAGAACCAUCAGUCUAUGCGACAUCACAUAGAAGAGCGAUGAUUAAAGAUCCGAGACUCUCGUUAAGUGUAAGGUUACUGUACAUGUAGAUAGAAAACUGCAAGUACUUAAAGUGACUGAAAAAAAAUCUGAUUUUAAAAAUUAAAAACUAUAGAUUGUAGGUCUUUUUAGUGAUUAUCAGUAUCCCUUACUAUAAGCAGAUGUAAAAAAUAUGAAGAAAGUAUAUUGUACCAGUUUCACAAAUACCAAGACAUUUUACGUAGUGUUAUAGAGAUGCAAAACCCCUAGCAUUGUUAAGCACCGCUCUGAAAUCUUUCCUCAAAUUCUUGUGUUAACGCACAACUCAUGUAGCAUAUUGUUAUUUCUGUUUAAUCAGUCAUCCUUCUCAGUUGUGUUCUCGUCAUGUACUUUUGUAUAUGUAGAUACAGUAUAUUUGACUUGUGUCUCUUGUUUUACCUCAGGACCUCAUUAUGAUGUCAGUGUGUCGAGUGUCUAGUCUGUCUGAUCUUUCAAUAAAAAAUGA